AUGGAGACGCCCACGGCCAAACUCCACUGUUUAAUUCUCCCAUUUGCACUGCAAGGCCACAUAAACCCCAUGCUCCAAUUCGCCAAACGCCUCAAGCACAAAGGAAUAACCCGAAUCACGAUCGCCCUCACCAAAUUCUUCCUUAAAACCGCCCAGCACUUCCCCGCCGCCGAUUUCCCCGUGGAGACCAUCUCCGACGGCUUCGACGACGGCGGCCUCGGGAAGGCAGAUCCAGACGACUACAAAAAACGGUGCUGGGAUUCCGGGUCGGAGUCCCUGGCCCGGCUGCUCGAGAGGCUCCAGGGAACCGGAUCCGGCGUGGAUUGCUUGAUCUACGACCCGUUUUACCCAUGGGCGCUGGAUGUAGCCAAGAGAUUCGGGUUAAAGGUCGCCAUGUUUUUCACACAGUCGAAUUCGGUGAAUAAUAUAUACUUCCACGCGUACAAGGGCGAACUGAAGCUCCCGCUUUCAGAGCCCGAGAUUCGGAUCCCCGGCGGGCUGCCCAUCUUGAAACCCGGUGACACGCCUUCGUUUAUUGGAGGAUAUGAAUCGGAUCCGAAGAGAUCCAGGAUGAUGAUCCAGCAAUUCAGGAAUGUGGAGGAGGUGGAUUGGGUUUUCGUCAACACCUUUUACGAGUUGGAAAAAGAGGUACGCCAUUGA